AUGAUGACCAUGGAGCAGGAGGUGACGCCGCGGCGGCCGCACUCGGCGCGCGUGGGCGACAGUGACGACGCCGACGAGCUGAUGGACAAGGAGACGGACCCGAUGGUGUCUGCGGCGCCGAAUUCGUCCGCGCGGCGCGCGCAGCAGGCGGAGAGCUGGGUGCAGUUCGUGCUGGACCGUAUCUGGUCGCUUGCGUUCCUGGGCGUGGCCAGCUUGGGGCUGUACGAGGCCGAGUUUGUGCCGGAGCUGCUGCAGGCGCCCCACGCGCGCCGCGAGUUCGUGCACCUGGGCGUGCUCUUCGCCUCGCUGCUGGGGCUCUUCGGCGCGUACAUCGAGGUCUACCGCGGCAUGAUCCUGGGCGAGCGCGUGCACUACGCGACGGCCAAGACGGCGACCCACGGGAUGCUGGCGUCCAUGCUGGCGUCCGGCUUCUGUUUGGCGGUCGGGAUGUGGCCUGUGUGGCGCUGGCUGACGCUGCCGUACCUGUUCAUGUGGUCCUGGGGGGUCGUCGUGCAGCUGCUGGUGAUCCUGCCGCCGCUGCUGCAGCGCGUGGUGUUCGUCGGCGGCUACCUCUGGUUCAUGCACGCCUACCUCUCCAUGUUCCUGGUCGGCGGGCUGCAGUGA